AUGGUCUCCAGAUGGAUACAGUCUGUCGUCUUUUGGUGGACAUUGGGUCGAAACGAUCUUGUAGGAUGGGUUCUUUCCAGAGUAAGGGUUGACUUUGUUAGGGUUGAAGAUAUCCCAGGAUCUACCGGUAGACGACUCGUAGUUCGUGAGAGAGUCCUUGACGGUCUUGAAGGUGGUUCUCUCGGAGUAGAAACCGUUACCGUACAUGUUCUCUGGAGAACCGGUUGGGUAUGGAGAUGGCUUGGAGUCUGCGGUGGCAGCAGAGUUUCCGUCUCCGUCGACUCGAGGGUCGAUUCUCAACGAGAACAAGUGCUGGUGGUUAUGGGCGUUCACGUUAGGAUACACUCUGGUACCCCAUGGGCCGGCCUCCUCGUCGUCGCCCAAAACGUAGGUGUUCAGUAUACCAGUGAGCUUGAUGUCGAGUCUGAUGGCUCCGUCCUGCAUGAACACCCAGUACAAGCAGUACUCGUAGUUGGCAGCAGUGAAGAUCUGGGAAAUGACCAGCUUGGUGGCUCUGGUGACCAAAGAGGUAGCAAAGUUGUCUCUGAAGUCGGAGUGCUUGAACAACAGUCCGUCGUCCUCCUCGUGGAUACAAACAGCGUUCUUGAUGGUGAUUGGGUCUCCUGCUCUGUCGGAAAAGUGAGCGUCCAAGUAGUGGAUCACACCUUUACAGUCGCAGCCAAGAGCCAAUGGGUUGGUCAUGUAACCGGCACCAUAUUCACCGAUAUCCAAAGCGUGCUUUCUUUGGUGAGGGAAGUCUGGACAUCCGUAAGGAACAAUCAUCUCGGAGAGCGACAUUCUGUGGAAAAUCGGUCUCACGUUGCCAUGGUCGUUGUACGAAAUGUCCGACAAGACAAUACCUUCUCUGUAGUUGAAACCAACGUGGAACUUGAAGUUGGACCAUUCCAUCACGUUUCCGGUCAUCUUGAAAGAAACACCUUCUGGCUGGGUCACGUUGAUAGGAGGAGCUUGUGGUCUCAUGGAUCCAACCUUCUCUUCCAUGUGCUUAGGAUAGAAGUUGGCGUGCUUGUGCUUGGACACCUUUCUUCUUCUGUUUGGAAUGUCGAUGUAGAUCACCUUCUUUUCCUCGGUGUCAACGAUCGGACAGAAAUCCAAAGGAUGCGAGUACUGAGAGUCGUCCUCGUCGGAUCUGUAGUAAACAAGGGCCUGUUGCAAUCUCUUACCAACACCCCAUCUCUCAUCGUAUCCGAUGGUCCAUGGGUCACAGUAAACCUUGUGCAUCUCGCUGGCUGGAACACCAGACAAAACACACUGCUCAAUCACAGCAGGGUCGUUUCUGAUAACGUCUUCGGUGGAACACAAAUCCUCAACGGUCAAAAUAGGCUGAACUUGUUCAAGAGCUCUUGUCUCCAAAACAGAUAA